GAGCGUCUGUUGUUCAAGCUCGCCUCAGAGCAGGAACGCCUGUGACAGUGGAGCGCUUUGAUUCAUGCUGUUGUGUUGAGUCUCUCUCUCUCCCUCUCUCUCUCUCUCUCUCUCUCUUUUUUUGGGGUUCAGGACCGAUUAAUACAGCCAGGACAGAGCGCAUGAAGGAGGACAAGAUGAAUGUGGAGGCUCUGAGCAGAGCGGAGCUACUGACUCUCCUCAGUAUCUUGGAGGGAGAGCUGGAGGCCCAGGAUGUAGUCAUUCACGCCCUCAGGGCUCAGCACAGAGACGCUUUUGUCCAGGAGCGCUACGGCCAGUAUGACCUCAGCGAUCCAUUCCUGGCCCUGCAGCGGGACAGCGAGUCCGCAGAGCGCCAGAGCACACUCGCCCAGCCUCACACACAUCUGCAGGGUCGGGCAGUGGGCCCAAACCCUCUGGCGGUGCUUAAACUGGUCAUGGCUCACUGCAAGAGGAUGCAGGAGAGGAUGAUGGGACAGUUGGCUGCCGCUGAGAACAGACACAGGAGGAUGAUAGCCGAUCUGGAGGAUGAAAAACAGCGGCAUGCCCAGGGCUCCGCGCAGCGUGCCGAUAUCGCCCUCAUGCUGCAGACGGAAAGAGAUAAACUUCUGCAACAGUUGGAGGCGGAGCGUGCAACAGUGCAGAGGUUAGAGAAGGAACAAGCACAGGUGGUGAGCAAAGUGGAGGAGUCCCUGUCGCAGCAGCAGCAGCUCUCCUCGUCCCUCACUCUGGAGCUCCAGAAAGCCAGCAGCCAGGCUCAGGAGGAAGCCCAGAAGGUCUCCCAGCUUCACACUUUGCUUCAGGAAGAGACCAGCGCCGUGGAGAAGCUCCGCAAAGUACUUGAAAAUGAGCAGAGGAGGGCGUCCCAACUGGAGGCGAGGUCCGAAAGGCAGCUGGCAGAGUUUGACACGGAGCGAGAGCAGAUGAAGUCCAGGCUGUGCAAAGAGGAGGAAAGGAGCAGGGAGCUGGAGAGGCAGGUGGAGGAGCUGAGGAAGAGGUUAGCUGAACCUGAAAGAUGCAAGGAAGCGGUGAAGGAGGCUGUGGUGGACGUGAAGGAGCCAUCAUCCAAGGUAGUGGUGGCAUCGUCCUCUGUUCAGACUGAGCCAGAUGGAAUGAUAACUCCUAAAUCCAGUUCGCUGGCAAAGGUCAACGGCCAUCAGUGUCACAAAGAGACAGAACCGACUCAGGAAGGGAAAGGAGCAGAAAACGGGGGAGUGGUAGAAAAUGGGGGAGGAGCACCUUUGCAUUCUCCUAUUCAGCCUCUUCCUCACUCUCAUCCUCACUCUCCCUCCAGCACUGCCUCCUCUUCCCUCUCCUCUUCGCCGAUUUCCUCCCCCGUCCUGGCUAAGCGUCUGGGCAGCCCGGGCUUCCAUCAGUCCUCCUAUCACGCCGGAGUCAACCAGCGGUUCCAAGCCGCCAGGCACAAGUUCCAGAGUCAGGCAGAGCUGGAGCAGCAGCACGGUGGGCCCCUUUCCCCCAGAGACCUUUCCCCAACCACCACCGCCGCCGCCAACCCUCCCCCACCAGAGCACAGCACAGCUAAGCAGCUGGCCCGCAACACUGUCACCCAGGUGCUGUCCCGUUUUACCAGCCAGCAGGCUGGAGUCAAGCUGUCACCAAUCAGCAGCUCUCCAUUUGGUACAGACUACCGUAGUCUGGCAUCAACUCCUCCAGGGGCAAGGUCGCCUUCUUCGGGGCCUCUAUCGCCGGGCAUCCGCUCCCCCCUCACGCCUCGCUCAGAGAAGACCCAUCCUCCUCCAAUCCCUCCCAAAAAGCCAGGCAUGAGUCCAACUCCGGGGUCCCCAAAUCACUCUGCUCGGGCCAGCCUCUUCCCAGAGCUGACGGGGAACUGUGGACACAGCAACAGUGGGCAGGAGGGAGCCAAUGAAUCGGAUCUGGUUAUAUCCUCCAGCAGCUAAUAACCAGAUUAUACAAACUAAACAGCUCCACACGCCAGGGCUAAAUCAGCAGCAUCUAUAAUACCAUUUAUCCUAACCACUGCACACUACCCAAAACAAUUGAGACACAUUAAAGCUGUACAUAAUCAAACUGAUGGAAAGAACUACCUGAAAUACACCGAUCAACCACAACAUUAUUAGUUAUAAGUAAAUACCAUUGACCAUCUUGUGACAAUACAAUGUUCUUCUGGGUAACCUUUGGACUUGGCAUUCAUGUGGAUGUUACUUAGACCAGACCAGGCAUCCCCACCGCAUAGCAAUGGCACAACUUGAUGGCAUCAGCCAUCCCCAGGAGGACGCACACACAAGAACGAUCCCAAAAGCAUGAAAAGCAGCACAAGGUGUUGACCUGGCUUCCAAAUUCACCAGACCCUAAACCGAUCCAGUAUCUGUGGGAUCCACAGAGGCCCCUCCCCUCAACCCACAGGCCCCCCACCAACAACAUUCUGUUGCGAGACGCUACAGGACAAUCUCAAACUCUGAAUGUCCAUUUUCUGAUGUGUCACAACCGUUGUGGAGGCACAAGGGAGACCUACACAUUUUGGCAGGUCAUUAAAAAAAACACGUAUAAAAAGACCAAGAAGAAGAUCUACUGAUUUUGAAGAAGGACAUGUCAGUGGGAUAUUAUUGUGCAUUAAUGCUCCUGCUGCCAGUCCUGUUACAAUCAAAGAAGUCAAACUGCACAAAUCUGUACUGCAAGUCAAAGGGCUCUAAUGUGUAGCUAUCAGUUUUCCAAUAAGAUAGUAAGUAGCUUUAUGCAGUUUCUAUGGAGAUGGUCCACAUAAACAUAAUAUAAUGUAAAUAUGUUGAAGAAUUGAGUUUAUUCUCUCGAAUGAACAUCACAAGCAUGUACUGUUUUCUAUGGAAGCCCUAAGUGGCCAAGGGUUCACAUGUUGUUUUUUUUUUCUGUUUUCCUGAGAUCUCGAGUUAGUUAUCUCAUUUUCCUGAGAUAACGAGAUAAAUAAUUUGAAAUUGGAAAAAAACACGGGAAAAAAAUAUGUGAGCCGAUGGCCGUUUAGGGCUUCCGUAGUUUUCUACUACUCUUAUCACAAAACACUGAGUCUUGUUUUGAAAAGGGAGAGCACAACUUUGCACGGCACUUGUAUGUCUAGAAUUUCAGAUUUUUUUUUUAUUUUUAUUUUUUAUUCUGGGAUGUUUGAUUUCAUGCUUCACGGAGACUAAGGAGGAAUAUGCAUCGUGAUUACAACUCUGAAACAUUGCACCAGUGGAUGCCAACAGCUUGAAUUUUGCUACUGUAAUUAUUAUAUAGUAUCUGUUAAAUGAUUCACAUCAUAUUGUCUUGUCCCAACAGUGCUACAAAUGAGAUGACUGUUUUAGAUUUACAGUGUCAAUGUGUAGAUACUAUAUACACUGCUGUCUGAGGGUAAAAGUCCCUCAUCUGAUUCUAGUAAAUAAGCAUAUCAUCAAUACCUACAACCUUUAGUACUUUGUUUAAAUAAACUGUCCUUGCUUUUAA